AAAGCGUAGACGAUCAAAUUAGGGUUUGGAGUCUCAACAUAUAUAAGCAAGAUUUCCACUCUUUCUUAAAACCCUAGCCUAUUCUCUACAACUGCUUCAACUCUCGAUUCCAGCCCUCUUUCUCUCCCGCCUCCCAUCCAAUCAUGGGACACUCCAACGUCUGGAAUUCUCACCCCAAGAGCUAUGGCCCCGGUUCACGCACCUGCCGUGUGUGUGGAAACCCCCAUGGUUUGAUCAGGAAGUAUGGUCUCAUGUGCUGCAGACAGUGCUUCCGCAGCAACGCCAAGGAGAUUGGCUUCAUCAAGUACCGUUAAGAGGGAUUUGGCUUACAAAUUUUAUUGGAGCGGAUAUUAUGGCCUAAAGGAUUAAUCUUAUUAGCAUUUUAUUUUUCUGUUUUAGAUCUAUUUCUUAAGAAGAAAGAUUUUGUUUUCAUGUUUUAGUUUUGUUCUAAUGAUGACCAUGAAUUGGAUUUUGAAUCCUUUGGAUUAAAGUAAAUUUAAAGUAAACUUAUCCGCUCA